AAGCAGGAAAUGCCACUCUGCCAAGAUGAAGCGGCUACGGUAGAAACUAGAAAGUAGGUAUAGUGCUUCUACAAUCUACUUACUGUAGAUUGUAGAAGCACAGUGUACGCUAUUGUACAGUUAUUCUACAGCCGAUGCUCCAGUUUUUUUGUUUUGUGACUUUACGUACCUAACGAUAAAUAAACAAUCUACUGCGCAACCUGAUUCGAGUGAAGCAAAGAAUAUUUUUAUACACGUGAAACUCAUGGACAAUUUUUUUUUGUCUCGAUAAGUAUUAUUUGCAAUAUAUCGCAUUGAAUGUUGAUACCGUUCUUGAACGUGGUCUUUCGUUAAUGGCGUAAGUAGUGCAGAUUUCCGAGUAUUUACCAUCAUCUCCACUUUUAUUUGUGUCUUGCCCGUGUUGUGGAUUUCGUCUUUCCUGUAUUGGAAAGUAAUCACUACUGUUUGUCUUAAUCAAAUGGAAGCCUACAUCACUGAUAUCGAUGCCAUGCUGGAUCAGAUGGAGGAACAGGAGAAAGAGGACUCUCCAGUGUCUCCUCAUCUCUCGGAUUUCGAGUCAGCAGCCUCCACAGUGCAUCCAGUUGAGCGCCCCCAUUCCCUCUUCGUGCAACCAGAGUUCUUGUCGUCGUUCCCCGAUAGCGGACUGGGUAGUAGUCAAGAACUAGGUCCAGCGUCCAUGGGAUCCGACACCACGGAGCUCAUUAUGAUUGGCCUGCAUUUGCAUUCUCCUAGCGAAUCCCUUACCACUGUGCGGGAGGCGGUGGACGCUCAUUUCACACCGUCGACCAGCGCAUUUCCUACCUCUUUCAUGGAUGAUUACUCUGAUUCCGUUCUGCCGCCUGAAACCCCAUUGAAUAUGGAACCGGAUGAACAGAAAGACGUGUCCUACACACCGGUCAUUUCGUUUGUGCGCGAUGAUCCUGCGUUGGACUCCGAACAAACACCCCAUGUUAUCCCGACUCCUGUUUCUUUGGUGCAAGAGGCAGCGGAGAAAUCCGAACCGAUACUGGUAGACGAGAGUCAGCCUGUCCACAAGCACCAUAGGGAUGAGAAGAUCCAGCUUCGUUCUGGAUCGACUAUAGAAGAAGUUUCGUCACGCCCAGCUGUAGGUUUUGAUAAAAAAUCGUGGAAUACGACAGAAGAUGUGAGCGACAGCGAAUUAGAUCAGUUUCUCAAGACCUUGGAUUCUUCACCGCCUGUGACUCCGCGUGAUGAUUAUUCAAACCGCGAAGCGGGUAGCUCUUCUCCCGUUCAUUUUGAGGAGCCGAGUUUAUUAUUGGAGAGUCAGGAUGCUGAUCCGAUCCGUAUGUCUCCGCCCCUAGAACUUGCCCCUCCUGUUCCCAUGACUUUGAUCGAUGUCAGCGAAUUUGACGAUUUGGAGUUGUCAUUGCCGUUUAGCGAGCGUUCUUUAUCGGAAGAGCUGGCCAGGGAUUUCAUCUCAGUGGAAGGUGCUGGAUCCAUUCCAGUUGUUGAAGCAGCGUCGGCCGGCGACGAAAUACUGAUUCCGACCAUUGAAUCAUCCAUAAUAUCUUCUGUGACUGAAGACGACAGUUCUGUUUCGCCUGCAGAAACGGCUUCAUCCAGUAUGAUGGAAGAAUCGAUGGUGUCAGCAACGGAGUCACUGGCCAACGAUGAAAACGACGCGCCGCAAAAUCCCUCCACGUCGUCCAGUGAGGCACCUGUGAUAUUUUCAGCAGAUAAUCUCGGCAAAGUUAAACCAGAAUGGGUACCUGACGAAUUUGCUCCGAUAUGUAUGUUGUGUGGAUUGCGGUUUACUUUGGUCAAGAGAAGACAUCAUUGCCGUGCUUGUGGAAGUGUCAUAUGUGCAUCCUGUGGCAACUACCGGGCUAAAUUAGAGUACAUGGACAACAAGGAAGACCGCAUUUGUGCCUUGUGUAAUGAGACAUUUUUGUUCAAAUCCGGCCAGAACGCCCCGAUGGACACCGGUCCUCCCGGCGACGAGCCGACCCCUUCCGUCAGCGUCUCCACAUCCGCCCCGUUACCGGUGCCACCCGGCGUACUUCGUCGCCAGGAUCGACCACCCCGGAAUAGUCUGGAGCCCAGAAGUGUCGUCUUCUUCGAUGGUAUCCGCCCGGGUGGGGAUUUGAGUGAGCACGAAGCACAGGGAAAUGCUCGUCGGUUAGCCUUGAUGAAUGCCAAGCGGCAGCGACGAUCACCUGGUGCGCCUGAAGAGGCUCCACCCCUACCCAAAGGUAAAUCGCCCCCAAAACGGUCCAGCGCUAACCACGUGGUUAGGUUGUUUAUUAACCGGGAGAUCCUUCCAGUGAUGGAACUAACUUCAGAUGGACAUAAUGUACUGCAUGAACAUCCGGACUUGCCAACAUUGCUACUGAAAUUCACAAUGUGUCCAUCGGAAAAUGUCGACUUCUUUGUUAACUCGUGCCUGAAAGUCUCAGUGCAAAUUCUGGAUUUAAAAUGCUGCAUGGGCCAUGUUGUUUGGUCUUAUUCCACGAGUGGAAUGCGUUUGGUUGGACAAGACGAAAUUUGCAUUCUGCUCGAAAAGCAAGAUAUGGACGUAUUGCCCCCGCGUGAUGUUUUCCUCCACCUUAACGAAAUAUUUCUGCAUGCAAAACAAGGAAAUGUUAUCGGAAAUCUGGGACAUAGCAUUGUGGGUUUGUCGGGUUACGAAAGUGGCUUCCUCGGCAGUCGUAACAACGCCGGUUUCCUGUUUAUCCGACCGAGUUUCCAGUGUCUGGCGUCCUUAAGGUUACCGGAGCCACCCUAUCUCUUUGGCGUCCUCAUGACCAAAUGGGAAGUUCCGUGGGCCAAGCUGUUUCCUCUCCGACUUAUGCUGCGAUUAGGGGCCCAAUACCGAUAUUAUCCUUGUCCGUUAGUCAGCUUUCGAGAUCGAAAAGCGGUUUACGAGGAGAUUGGCCAUACUGUGAUGAAUCUGCUGUGUGAUUUCCGAAAUUUUCAAUACCAUUUGCCUUGCAUGGAAGAUACCGAGUCCUGCAUGGAGAAAGGUUUGAUAACAGUACGGUUUCCGCGGCACCGUUACGAUCAGAUUAUCAAGGCUUGUCAAACGAGCAAUGAACAUGUUUUACCAAUUGGUUUGGAUUUCUCCAAACGAGCCGACGCGCACCUGGUAUGCAUACAAAAUUUGGAAAAUGGACAGUACGAAACGCAGGCUAUUAACAUUCAAUCAAAGGGACGACAGGUUACCGGAACAAGCUUUAUAAUUUUUAAUGGCUCGCUAAAAAGUAUGGACCACACUGAAUGCCGGGCUUCGGUCGUGGAAGAUGGAAUCAUGGUGCAGAUCACAUUUCGUGGACUGGAUGAGCUGAAAGUUUCACUCAAGGCAAUGAAGACUAUUGUGUUCAAAGCGCAGUCAUCUACACCGGAAGGUUCGACAAACCAAGAUGCGCUUGUUAUUGAAUGGACGGAUGAACAAAAGUCCUGCAAUCUGGGUGUGCGCAGUCCAAUCGAUGGGAAGGAUUUGUCAGGUGUGGACAGUCGACGUGUUUCAUUGAAACAUUCAGUGGAUUUUUUGAACGGUACUUUGUGUGUACGCUGUACCGAAGUCUUCUUGACGGAUGAGAAGGAUUACAGCGUGACGUACCGGGAAGAUGUGGAUCUGAGUCGACUUGCAGAGAAUUUGGCAAUGGUAACAUGCUCGAUCAUCAGAGCACAUUUGUAUGAUUACCGGGACAAUGGUUGGACAAAAGUUGGUUUGCGGGUGGUUCUGGGACCAGAUAUUAUGGAAUAUGAUAUUGGCGCUAAGGAAGAAAGAUUUGGACAGGACGCUCUCAUGGAAUUCGAUGAGAAAAUUAUGCGGUUGGUAAAUGAAUGCGCUCGCUCAUGGGGGAGCCGACCGCGCCUGGAAAUGGAACUUCUGUUUAGGAUAUUUCAACACUAAAUUGCCUUGCUAUUAUUGGAUUUCCCUCCUGAAGGAAUAAAUCCGACUCAGAUGGAUUGAUUGUUUUUAUUCCAAAUGUUUAUUGACUUUUUCAUAUCCGCUUUUUUGUUUUUGAAUGUUUUAGAGUAAUAUUUAUGGUUUGGGUUCAAUUUUUUAACAGAGCCAACAGAUUUCUGUUGAUUUUAGUAUAUAGUUAUCUGUGAAAAAUAUUGUCAAAAUCAUGUCGGAGAUGUCGACUUAGUUAUCUGAAAGGAAAAGAAAUUAUAGCGCACUUUCUACAAAAACAAUUAAAUCCAAGUUGGAUGUGCAGAUAGUGUAAUUCUACAGCUG